AUGGCAGCCUUCGAGAUAUACAUCCCCAAAAAUCUGACCUUCGAUGUCUACAUUGCCAUUGUCCAAACAGCUCGUGUUUGGGCAGACGGCUAUGACAGAAAGGACAUCGCUCGACUCUCAGCCACCCUUGCACCAGAAGUGAUCGUGGACUAUACACUGAUUGUCCCUGGAUGGGGAGAGAAGAAAUAUUCAAAAGACGAGUUCGCCGCUGAAUGGACGUCCGAGGAGCAUCUCGGAAACAAGGCGCUCGCAACGCAGCACCUCCUUGCCCAGCCUUAUUUCAAGAGCGUGACCGAAGAUGAAAUCAUUGUGGAGUGGCAGCAGAUUGCGGCACAUGGGAGGCGGGAAGACGAGGUGAAGGAUUCAUCUGGAAAGAUUGGGGAGAUAAGUGAUGGGCAUAGCUAUAUGGAACAUCUGUUUCGACGAGACGAGGCUGGAAACUGGAAAAUCGCGAGAAUAACACCGUCGUUGUUGUAUCAGACGGGUGAUUUCCAGCGGGUUAGACGUCCGGUUGGAGCUCCAUAG